UUUAACCCCACGGGGAUCUGCAGCAGAGCACAAUAUUUUAGACGAGGCUGGCAUUUCUGCCGUGCUCUCUCUCAGAGCGGGUUGUUUCCUCUCCACCUUCUUCACCGCCGCAUCUCUUCGCCCACCCAUCCAUCCAUCCAUCCAUCCAUCCAUCUGAUGCGCCUCUGAUGUUCCGGCCUCUUCCAAAAUGGACCAGAUCGCCUGGAAAGAAUUGUGCUGCUCGCUUUUUGAUUACAAAACCGAGAAGUACGUCAUCGCCAAGAACAAGAAAGUGGGGAUUCUCUACCGUGUGGUCCAGCUCUCCAUCCUGAUUUACAUCGUGGGGUGGGUCUUCAUGGUCAAGAAAGGGUACCAGGAAGUGGACACCUCCAUCCAGAGUUCGGUCAUCACCAAGGUGAAGGGCGUGGCCUUCACCAACACCUCGGAGAUGGGCAAAAGGAUUUGGGACGUGGUGGACUACGUCAUGCCUCCUCAGGGCGAAAGUGUUUUUUUCGUGAUGACCAAUCUGAUCAUCACCCCCAACCAGCGGCAAGAUACCUGCCCUGAGAACCCCGGUAUUCCAGAUGCCUUGUGUUACCGUGACAACGACUGUCCUCGCGGAGAAGCCGUGAUAGCCGGCAACGGUAUCAAGACCGGAAUAUGUAUAAAAAUGGGGAAUAAUAUCAGUGGGACGUGCGAAAUCCUAGCUUGGUGCCCGGUGGAGAAGAAAGACAAAACAAAAUCAGCUCUUCUGGCCGAUGCGGAGAAUUUCACGGUUUACGUUAAGAACAGCAUCCGUUUCCCUAAGUUUAAUUUUUCCAAAACCAACGUCCUCGACACCAAAAACGAUGCUUAUUUGAAAAAUUGUCACUAUGGAGCAGACCAACCGUACUGCCCCAUCUUCUCACUGGGGAAACUGGUCAACUGGGCUGGGAGCAACUUCCACGAGAUGGCAUCAGAGGGGGGUGUGAUUGGCAUCCAGAUUGAAUGGGACUGCAACUUGGAUAAAAAGCCGUCGGAAUGCAACCCUCGCUAUUCUUUCAGUCGCCUAGAUAACACAUUUGCGGAGAAGUCUGUCUCCUCUGGAUACAACUUCAGAUUUGCCAAGUAUUACCGGAGCGCGGCUGAUGUUGAUUUCCGAACGCUGAUCAAAGCUUACGGGAUCCGUUUUGAUAUCAUGGUGAACGGCAAGGCAGGGAAAUUUAACAUCAUCCCAACGGUAAUCAACGUGGGUUCCAGUCUUGCGCUAAUGGGAGUGGGAGCAUUUCUCUGCGACUUGGUGCUGCUGUAUCUUCUUCGAAAGAGCCAGUUUUACAGAGGGAAAAAAUACGAGGAAGUGAGGUCAAACACCAAGAAAUCUUUGCCGGAGAGCACCGUCAACGGGAACCAGGCUGGGAAUCAGAGUGACAAUUCUUUAUCCCGGCUGGAUCAACAGCUACAGACGGUUGAGGCCUAAACCCUUCGCGACGUCAUCCGUUGUUAAGAGAAACCGCGGACCACACAGAAAGUUGCCAGGAAGAUAUUCGCUUCAGCUCUUCGCGGUCUUCGUUUUCGACAUCCUAAGCCGAGGAUACUACUACACAUUGCAGGAUGUUAACUUUUUAAAAUCAAACCAAAUGCCAGAAAAUCUUGGGUAAGGACCGUAGCUGCGUGGUGGAUAUCAAUUCUCUUUCUGUGGCUUCUGGAGAAAGCUAAGACAGCCCGUUCUUGAGCCUGUCAAAUGUAUGUCAACGGAUGAGUGGAGAGGAUAGUUGUCCACCUUGAAUUAUUAUCGUUCCAUCGCGCAGUCGGCCAGAUGGAUUUGGCAUUUUUGUCCACCCGUCGAGUCCUUCCCAAGAACGGUGCGGUGGCCUAGAGGUGGAGCUCUCGCCUCGCAAUCAGGUGGCUGUUGAGUUCGAUCCUAGGUGUAGCGGCUGAUAUUUCUCUCUCAGGGCGCAAUGAGAAUUGAUCUGCUGCAAAAUUUCCGCGUCGGCGACAGGAAAGGCAUCCGGCCAAUAAACACUCAGCUCCAUUCAGUUGCCCCGAGUCCAACCCGCAACAGAUUACGAGGUCAUUAAACGAUGAAAAAAAAAUAAAAUAAAAUCCUUCCCAAGACCCCAGAAAAGGCAGAUGUGGAUAUUUGAUGGUGCUAAAAUCCUCGUCGAAGGAUGUCAGCUGUUAUGAGUAAAUCUGCCUUUUGUAAUUGACUGAUGGCGAAUUUGUCAAUGCCAAUGGCCUUUAAGUGGUGCUCAGGAUGUUUUGGGAUUGCUCCCAAGGCAUCUAUUACUAUGGAUAUUACCUUUGUUUUCUUUUGCCCCAGUCAUUAUUACAGGCAGUCCUCGACUUACAACAGUUCACUUAGUGACCGUUCAACGUUACAACGGCACUGAAAAUAGCGACCUAUGACCACUUUUCACACUUAACGAACUUUUGAUCCUGUGAUCAAAAUCAAAACUGGCUCAUACUGAUGACCGUUCCUGUGUCCCAAAGUCACGUGAUCCUCUUUUGCGACCUGCUGACCGGCAAAGUCAAUGAGGGAGCCGGAUUCACUUAACAACCGUGUUACUAAUUUAUCAACCGCAGUGGUUCGCUUAACAAAUGUGGCAAGAAAGGUCGUAAAACGGGGACAAAACUCACUUCACAAAUGUCUCUUAACAAUGGAAAUAUUGGGCUGAAUUGUGAUUGUAAGUUGAGGACUACCUGUAAUUGCCAAAUUUACUCGCCGUCCAUCUCGCACUUCAAAGCGACUCUGAGAAUAAUGAUAUUCUGAGCAUUCUUGGAAAUUAUACAAUAGUAAGGCUUUAAUCAUCUUCUUCCCAUUCUGCUGUCCAUUUUGAAUCUCUUCCUGCAAAUUGUUGAGCCUGUGGGAUUAUUCAGGAAUUCAAAAUAAAUUCUUGCAACGUGGAUAAACAAUUCUCCAGUCUGUGGGAUUAUGCGGGAAUCCUAAAUAAAUUCCUGCAACAUGGAUAAACAAUUCUCCACCAUCCAACCAACUCAUGAAACAUAACUUCACGAUGAAGAUGGGUUGGUCAUUGGCAUGUCUUGAACCUCCACUUCAGGGAAAAAAAGAGACUGGAUUUUAUUUUUUUUUAUGCCUAUGGUAUGAAUUCAAACACAACCCAGGUCUUGUUUUAUGACAGAAUGGCAAAUCGCAGGAAUUAAAUCAGAAUAUUAUCUACGGAACCACAAGCCAUACUCCAGAUGGCAGCUUCAGCAGGAAUUUCUGUAUGCUUAAAAAAAAAAAAAAUGGGUGGAACUGAAAAAGAAGUUUUUAAAAAAUAAAACAUGAUUUUGAUGAUGAGAAGAAAUAGAUCAGAGAGGUUUCUUUUUAAAAAAAAAAAACAACUAUAGAGUAAAAGAUAAUGUGGCAUUUGUUUAUUAAUAAUUGCCACAAAGAGAAUUGGAAGCUAUUUCUUUCUCUUUUUUUUUCAGGUUUUUUUUUUCAAUUUGGGCUUUUUUCCUCGUUUCCUUUCCUGUCUUUCCUUUAUAUCCUCAGAGUUGUUGUCGUGAGGAAAGGAGGAGGAAGUAUUAAGUAUGUUCGCCACCUUAAGUAAUUUAUAAAAAUAAUAAAGGAGAUUAUUGUGUGUUUGUGUCUGUGUAUGUAUGUGUUUGUGUAUGUUACAAACUAUUCUAAAAAUACGAGUUCCAGGUAUAUUUGUAAAGAAAGAAGCAGACAUUCUGUGAACUCCGGAAUUAAAAUAAUUAAAAUUUUAUUCUACUAAGCUUUCGUCAGCCAUUUGC